GCGGCGAGGGCUUAGCGGCUCAGCCCGGCUCCCCGCCCGCCAGCCCGAACCCCUGAGACUCCGGGCCGGGAUCCCGCCCGCCAGCCGGCUGGCCCCCUCGUAGGGGACGUGCUGCUGGCCCGCGCCUGCGACCAGGAGGACGCGCAGCCAUGGGACGCCUGGCCGGGAGUGCGGCGGCGCUGCUGCUCGGGCUGCUCGUGGAGUGCACAGAGGCCAAAAAGCAUUGCUGGUAUUUUGAAGGACUCUAUCCAACCUAUUACAUAUGCCGCCCCUACGAGGACUGCUGUGGUUCCAGGUGCUGUGUGCGGGCCCUCUCCAUCCAGAGGCUCUGGUAUUUUUGGUUCCUCCUGAUGAUGGGCGUGCUCUUCUGCUGUGGAGCCGGCUUCUUCAUCCGGAGGCGCAUGUACCCCCCGCCGCUGAUCGAGGAGCCGGCGUUCAACGUGUCCUACACCAGGCAGCCCCCGAACCCCACUCCAGGAGCCCAGCAGCUGGGGCUGCCAUUUUACACCGACCCUGGAGGACCAGGGGUGAAUCCCGCUGGGAACCCUGUGGCGAUGGCUUUCCAGGUCCAACCCAACUCACCCCAGGGAAGCAUGGCCUACCCACCGCCCCCUUCCUACUGCAACACGCCACCGCCCCCAUAUGAACAGGUGGUGAAGGCCAAGUAGCCGGGAGCGGCCUGGCACCUGCCUGUGCAACUGGCCGGGGAGGCCGGGGGAGGCUGUCGCCCGCCCUUCCUGGCGCCCCAUCACUGUUCACCUCCAGGAAUGGUCUUCUGAGCCACUAAGGGCAAAUUCCUUUCUGAUAUCUUCAAAGCAAGCACAGCUUCCUUUCAAGCUUUCCUUGGAGGACCAGUAUUUGAAUUCACCCCGUGUCUCCUCUGUUGCUUCUGUUUCCAAUGUCAUCUGUGCUCUGGCCGAGUGGACAGUCCCGAGGGUUGACCCCCAAGGGUGGCGCACCCAGACCCUCAGGGGAGAGACCCCGGCAGAAGGUGAGGCAGGGCGCUUGCAGGUGAGUACGCGCGAACGCGAGGAGGGGCCCAGGGCGCCCGGAAGGCCCCCCACACGGCAGGUGGCCCGUCCGAAAUGAGGCACCACAGGGCCAGCUGUGUGAGCCCCUUGCCCAUCAGUCUUCCUCUUCCAAAGGCUCUCAGAGAAACAGGCGUGGGCAGCGCAGCCUCGGAGCCCUCGCUUCUCCAUCCCCUUCCUGAAGACCAGAGCUGCCCUCUGCACAGCCAGGGCGGGGAGAGCCCUGGGCACGGCUUGCACCUCAAGGAGAUGGGGAUCCAGAGUCAGGCCAAGCCGCUGUCUAUAGUUACCUGAAAGUCACUAAGGAACGUUAUUUAAAUUCAUGGGAAAUUGCCCCCUGCCUCCAACCGGACAUUGCGUUUGAUGAGCUCUUGGUCUGACUUGGGGAAAAAAGUGUUCGAGCCCUUUUCAGUGUGUCCUGUGGAAGGUGGCGUGGAGUCCUGUCCUGAGGUCAGACUCGGAGUCUUUCCUGGACAUCGGCAGCUCUCUGGCCUGGGAUCACGGCCAGGCAGCUCUGCGCCCUCCCCUGAGGUAGCUCUGACGGUGCGUUGUGAUGGACGCUUUCAAAGCAGACAGGCACAUCCGGCUGGGAAGCCACGUCAGCCUCUGGAGAGAGGUGUCCCGGCAGGGCGCAGUCAGUGGCUCGAGCCUGGGUUGGGCAGGCCUGGGCCCUGGCUGGUUGGCCUCAGCAGGUGUACGCCGGGCUCCGAAUAGGAGGAACUUGCUAAGAAAGAGACGGGAACGCAAGACCCCAGGACUGCAGAGCGAUCUCUUCAGAAAGGGCUGAACAGAUUUCACUGAUGAUGAGUUCAUCAAAAUUAGAAUAAAGAAGAUCUGGUUGGAAACGCAAAGCCUGGCUCAGAAACCUCUCUGGCCCUGGGAUCACAGGUAGUCCUGGGGUUGUCAGGGGGCCGGGGUCCUGUUCCUCUGCGUAGCGAGUACUGCCCACGAUCGCGUAUUUAAACCCAGAGUGAGCCCUGACAGGUCACGUACAGGAAGGGCAAAGCCGCGUAGCCGAGACAUGUAGAUCCCUGUAUAUGUAGUGGUGGGGUGAAGUGCUUUUUUUUUUUUUUUUUUUUUUUUUUUUUGCGGUACGCGGGCCUCUCACUGUUGCGGCCUCUCCCGUUGCGGAGCACAGGCUCCGGACACGCAGGUUCAGCGGCCACGGCUCACGGGCCCAGCCGCUCCGCAGCAUGUGGGAUCUUCCCGGACCAGGGCACGAGCCCCCGUCCCCUGCAUCGGCAGGCGGACUCUCAACCGCUGCGCCACCAGGGAAGCCCAGAGUGCUUAUUUUUGAAAUGAACUCAACAGAGCCUCUUGAGGAGUUGUCACUCAUUGAACCUGAGCGUCAGGACAUCUCACCGAGUAGAUACUGAGGGUUUUCAUUCCCUAGCCCUACUUGCCGUGUCCCUGCUCUACUGGGACACGUCUGUGGUGUAGGAGUGAGGAAUCAGGAUGGGGCCACAGUGACUUACCUUUUCUAAGGGUGGGGAACCUGGGAGCCUCCCCGGGAAUCCCACAGGACACUCCUGGAGCCAGAUGAACCCCUUGGAAACAGUCUGUGAACACGGAUGCUGCUGCCGGUGUCUUUGACCACCGAGUGUGACCUCCGAACCCCUGGGCCCAACUUCAGUACCUCCCCGCACUCAAGUCCUUGAUUCGAACGAGACAACAAAGCGCAACAUUUGCUGUUUACAACCCAGGACAACUACAUGGGUCCAGAAGGUCCUCUUCCUCCAGGUCAUUCGUUCUGCAUUUUCAGGCCCAGUUUCUCCCUUUACUGUUCUGAGGAGGAAGCGCGCCGAGAGCUGCCCCUGGCGUUGGACUGGGCGCAGCUGAGUAGCCACCCAAAUGUCCGUGACGAAAUUUUGUUUAUCUUUUUGAUAGCAAAUGAUCUUGAGACAAUGAUUUACGUAGCACUCAACAAUUUUAUAUUCAUGUUUGUGUGAGAUAAAUUUUGUUUUCCCUUGAACCGGGGUGAGAACCCACUACUGUGGGCACUGACACUGUGUGUGGAAAUUCCACUCGCAGUGACAUUUCCUGCCCAUUCUGUUUCCCCCCGUGCUGUCGGUGGACAGUGCCCACUGCCUGGAGCCGGUCCAGCUACUGGUGUGUGAAGUUCCACAGAGUUCCGUAGCAGGUGUGGCCAGGAGGAGCUGGGAGCAGGUCCGUGCGUGCUUUUCCUCUUGUAACACUUGGCUUAUUUCUCUUUUCUGUUCUUUUGAUAGGGUCAUGUUUCCUAUGUAUGCAAAAUAAAAAUAAAUUUGGGUGUG